GUCAUCAAUUUGCGCCUAAAUCUGAUGGAAGGAGCUCAGCUGUCAAAAUGUGUACUGUACACGUGGGGAGCCAACAGUCACGGGCAGCUCGGACAGGGACACACGGAAGAUCAAGCCGAGCCGCGGCGUGCAGACGGCGGACUGCAGGCAGAGCAGAUCCGCUGUAUGACCGGAGGAGGUGGACAUUCGGCUGUCAUCACUGAAUCAGGUGACCUGCUGAUGUGUGGACAGAACCACAAAGGUCAGUUAGGGCUCAGUCACACGUCAGAGGUCAUAACCUUUCAACUCUGCCCUUUUCCUGGGUGUACAAGAGUUCAGCAGGUGUCCUGUGGUUGGGACUUCUCUGUUAUCUUGACUGGUGACGACGGUCAGGUCUUGGCGUGCGGCUCCAAUGCGUUUGGACAGCUGGGCGUCUCGCCAAGAAUAACACACUCAGCAGAACUUGUACACGUGAAGACCCUGAAUGAGCCGGUAACUAGUGUGGCUGCAGGGCUUAGACACACAUUAGCAAGUACAGCAUCAGGUUGUGUUUAUCAAUGGGGAACUGGCCUGUCGAGUCACGCUAAGAGAAUGUUAAAUCCCCAACCUGUUCCUGCACAUCUAUCCUCUAAGGAGCCUUGCAUUGUCCCGGGGUUUGAUCACGUGACCUCACAGAAGGUUGUUGCAGGCUCCACCCACUGCAUUUGUUUGACAGUCAAAGGUGACGUGUUCCUCUGGGGAAGCAAUAAACAUGGUCAGCUGGUCAGCGAGAGCCUUUUCCCGGCUUUGGAUCGAUCUCUGCUGCAGGGUGAGAGAGUGAUUGACGUUCACAGCGGCUGGACGCAUCUUGUCGCAAUAACAGAGAGUGGGCGGGUCUUUACAUGGGGCAGAGCUAAUUACGGACAGCUAGGACAGACCAAUCUGAGUACACAAAAAGAGUCUGACAUUGCAACAAGCUCUGGCCAAAGUAUAAGCCGCCCCAUCGAGGUUAAAGCUUUAUUUGGAGCAACACAGAUUGCAUGCGGAUCUGAACACAACCUGGCUGUUGUGGGGGGUCGGAUCUUCUCCUGGGGCUGGAAUGAACACGGAAUGUGUGGAGACGGUUCCCUUUGUGACGUCACACAACCGCGGCCAAUCCCCCAUCUCAGAGACGCUACUGCUCUUCUGAUUGGCUGUGGAUCAGGACAUUCAAUGGCACUAUGCAGUUUGAAGAGCAAUGAGGAUUCAGCAAGCUGAACAG